AUGGACGUUGUGCUUGAUAUUCUCGAUACAUUUGUCUUCGACAAGCUAUAUGCGUUUCUUGUACCAGCCAAAUCAUUUGACCUUCUGGACCAGGACUCGCUGCAUGAUUACAACCGCCAUAUCAGUCGAUAUGUCACCCUCAUUCCAUCUCAAUACGCUAUGCAGAGCACCUGGCCGCGAGACAAUAUCUUCCGGCAGUUUCUGAGUCUUUUCAUCACGAUCUGGGGCUUCGGACUUCUGCUCUACUUGACCACUGCCACCCUCUCCUUCGCCCUGGUCUUCGACAAACGUGCCAUGCAACAUCCCAAAUUCCUUCGCCAUCAGAUACGGCUUGAAAUCGGGCAGGCGUUGCGCGCAAUGCCCGUGAUGGCGGCCCUUACUGCCCCUCUCUUUCUUGCUGAAGUGCGAGGAUACAGCAAGCUGUACGACUUUCCCACCGAAAGUCCCUUCCCCCUCUAUACCUACCUCCAGUACCCGCUCUUCAUUGCAUUUACCGAUUUUGCAAUCUACUGGAUUCAUCGAGGACUGCAUCAUCCGGUAAUCUACAAACGCCUGCACAAGCCGCAUCACAAAUGGAUCAUCUCCACCCCCUAUGCCAGCUAUGCCUUCCACCCAGUGGACGGCUGGAGUCAGAGUCUUCCGUACCAUAUCUACCCGUUUCUCUUUCCGCUGCAGAAGGCGGCGUAUUUGGGUCUCUUUGUUUUUGUGACCAUCUGGACGGUCAUGAUUCAUGAUGGAGAGUACGCUCUGGAUUCACCCGUGAUCAAUGGAUCCGCCUGCCACACUAUCCACCACUACUAUUUCAACUACAACUACGGGCAAUUCACCACACUUUGGGACCGCGUUGGAGGCAGCUAUCGCAGGCCAAAUCGGGAGCUGUUCAGCAGGCAAGAACGGCUCAAGCAGACGGAGAUCCAGCGGCAAGUUGAGGAGAUGGAGAGAUUGGUAAAGGAGGUUGAAGGAUCUGACGAUCGGUGUUAUGAGCGGGACGCCAAGAAAGCUUCUUGA